AUGGGAACCACUGCUUUCAGUGCAUCAGUCAAUGAACCUGAUUUUAUGUUCAUCUUAAAAGUCAUAAAUGGAGAUUUACAUUUGUCUGUUCACUCCACAGAGACUAAUACGACCCUUAAAUAUCACUUGAUUAAGGAGAGGAAGACGUGGCAGGAAGCUCAGAGUUACUGCAGAGAGAAACACACAGACCUGAUCAGUGGAACGAAGCAGCUACAGGAUGAAGAAGUGAAGAAAUUGAUGAACUCUUCAGAUGGUAGAGCAUACACUGGUCUAUUCAGAGACAACUGGAGGUGGUCAGAUGGAAGCAGUUUCUCUUUCAGACACUGGAAUAAAAACUUUAACAAUCCAGAAUCCAUCAAUGAUCAAUGUGCCAUGACUGUGUUUGAUGAUGGAGGCAGAUGGAAGAAUGUGAGCUGUACUGGAAGAAAACCCUUCAUCUGUUAUGAUGAUAAUGUGAUCCUGAUCAAAGAAAAUAAAACCUGGGAGGACGCCUUGUACUACUGCAGAGAUCAUCACUAUGACCUGGUCACCAUCACCAACAUGGAUGAUCAGAGAUGGAUCCAGGAGAAAGUCAAGGAGGCAUCAACUGAUUAUGUCUGGAUGGGUCUGCGUUACACCUGCACUCUGGAUUUCUGGUUCUGGGUCAGUGAUGAGGUGGUCAGCUAUGAGAACUGGGCUUUAGAUGGACCGAUGGACGACUGUGACAUGUCUGGAGCCAUGGAGACGAAAAGGAUCCAGCAGUGGUUCAAAAUGAAUGAUACUAAUGAAUUCAAUUUCAUCUGUUCUAAGACUUAAAUCUCCCACUGCCCGCAGCAGCAGGCUGAUUAUUCUGUUUUCCAUAACCAGCAAGACUGUAGGAAACGUCACUGAAUGUUUGGAACAAACAAGGAAGUGAGAUAUGAAGGGGAAAGGUAGCUGCAUUUGCAUGCAUGGAGUUUCCACAGAGGACAUGAAGGUUUCUGCUUCACGCAUCGUAUCAUGUUUCAUGGCUCAUUAACC